GUGCGGCAAGCAGGCGGAGUAACAGCCGGGCCCCUCACUGCGAGCCAGAACCCCGGGGACCUGACAGCUGGCUUUUUCACGCUUACCAAUGUUCAGGCUACUGGACAAUCUGUCAACUCUUACAAGGACAUCGUCAUCGAGACCAGACUAGAGGUCGUGAACGAGUUCAAACCCCUAAAACAUGGUACUAACAUCACCAUAGAUGCUAUCCUGACCCACCCAGCUGCGGAUGAUGGUACUGAGAUAGAGAUCUCGUAUCCCUCGUCCGUUACCUUUGAGAUAAUAGGACCGGAGAUGGACUACAGAUGGGAGUGUGACCAGCACGCGAACGGAGGGGAGAUUGCGGAGUGUCACAUCUGGGUCGCUAACCGGGGGGACGCGACUAAUGCAGCCCAGAACGUCAAGCUGUAUGUAGAACAGAAGGAUACAGAGAAGGCGAAGGUGGAGCAGAGUUCUAUUGAGUUCACGGACGAGUACUCAGUUGUGGACACCAUGGAUAUCCCCGCUAGCAAGCCGGAGAGUUAUGAAGGGAAUAUCGACACUGGGCUCACUCUCAUCAAGAAGCUGAAUGUGGGCAAACAGAUCCACAUCAUGGUUCCCAUUAUCAUCAGAUCAGCUCUAGUGGGUCCCAUUGAUGACAUCACUGUCAUAAUAAAGUAUGAGAACGAUUAUCCAGACCCCUGCGUAAAAGACUUCGGGAAAACGCAGCUGGAAUUUGUAAUGAUGAUCCCCACGUUUGAGAUGGAACAACCCGGUCUGGCAGCUUACUUCCCCACCAACAUGGUGGUGGGUGAGAACCGCACUAUCGACUUCCCCAUGAAGAUCCCUCAAGGAAUCAUGACGAAUUGAAAGUUGAGCUCACUGCAGAAGCCCAUGGCAGCGAAAAAACCACUUACAAUAGACAGAAGAGACAGUCAAAUGAUUUAAAAUACUUCAACGCUCUGGAGAUCCUUGAGGUUGAGAUCGACCCCGAACUGAGCGAGCCGACCUACGAUAUAGAUACAGAGCGUCUCCCUCUUGUUGCAGGAUACGGAUUUUCUUUCUUUCCGUUUGUUAACGAUCUCCACGAAGCAGUGACGGACAAGGACGUGGUUACUUUCCGGAUACAUUUCAAGAUGAACGACGUUGAGUUCUUGGAUGCAGGGGACAUCAUUAACGUUACGUGGUCCUUUGUCGUGAACGAUUAUGCCUACGAUAAGGUGUUCAGUAUGGUGGUAGGCGAGCCUGAUAUCGGCUUUCUAUUUGACACGUUCGAGGAUGGCGGACAAAUCCACUGGAAUGUGACAGCCAUACAGCAGCCAGGACUUAGCCGAUCUACCGCUUACAAUGUUACUUAUUAUGUUACUUUCAACGAGAAGAUUCCUUUCGUCAAGAAUAGUUACAGUGAGGAGAAGCAGAAAGUGUGGGGGGACGAUGACACUCUAGAACGUCCUAUUCACCAUCAGUAUUACUGGUACCAGGAGGUUCACAACCCUGAAGAGACCUUCUCUUUUAGUUUCGUGACAUAUCUCGAUAGUAGUGAUGAGCUGGAAGUUGUUGCUAAAUAUAAAGCCCUGCCCCCAAAGUACGAGGACUCUAGAGAUUACACCUCCCCUUACCGGUACCCUGUCGCCCUUCAUCAGACCUACAGUGCUAGGAACCUGAGGGUGGGGCUUGGCGGCUGCUAUCUGCUUCUUUAUCGGAGUCCUAUUUGCCAUGCUGAUCAUGCUAGUCUGCUGCAAAAGAACCACUGUUUUACCACUUCCGACUAAGUUUGAGUUGUACUCCCGCCGCCCUGCUGUCAGGCUGGAGUCCUGGAUCAAGGAGAGAGGAGACCUCCUCCUGGCUGCUGAGCUCGCUGAUGAUCUGGUGCAGGCCCUGACUGAGAAGGACUACAAAGCGUCCCUGACUUCAUUAGAUACUCUGGAUAUUGCACAUACGGUUGCUGUGGAGGAGGACAUGGCCAAGCAGCAGAGACAGCUCAUUCUGGAGAGCGUGGGGUGGAUCGUUACUGUUUCAGGACCUGAAAACAGAGGGCAAGAAACUCUUCCAGCAUCUGGACAAGGACUACAAGGCUGCUGAUGUAGAGCUGACUGAACAACAUAUGGCUAGGGAGAGAGAGCUUGAGUCUGAACUUCAACACUCUGCCAAAUCGGCUCAGGAGAAGUUAAUGGAUCAACAGGACGACGAGCUUGACAAUCUGGUUACUGUGCUUCAGAGCGUCCCCUUCCAGGAGAGAGUGGACUUUAUAGAGCUCCUCAAAAGGCAGCACGAGGUACAGAGAACUGACUUUGAGGUUCUAUUGAGGCUGCAGUUGGAGGAAGAGAGGGAGAAACUCCGACGAGACUUUAUAAUUCGGAAGAGGGUGUCUUUGAACCUACUUGUUAAGGACUUCUUUUUAUCUAUCGCCGAAGAGGCUAAUUUGAACAACGAUGUGCGGGAUGAUCUUAUCAGUAGAAGCAAGCAUUACAUUGAUGUUAUUGACGAAGCUUUCCAUGAGGAGGCGUGCAGACAGAAGUUCGUCCACGAAGAAAGGCUGCUGAAGAGAGAAGCAACUCUGAGGAUAAAGGAGGAGCGUGUCAAGUAUCACAACAGUCUCAUGGCCAGUGUCUCCAACUCGAUGAAGCAAACCAUCAACCGGCUCAUCAGGGAGUCUUUGAUCAAGAGAUCGUACGGAGAAGACCUUCUCAACCUAAUCAACGUGUCUUCAAACGAGAACAAGACGGCAAUGGUGGACGUGAUGAAGAAUUACGAGGAGAGCGUAAGGGACACAGUCAGGGCUAAAGCUCAGGACAAGGCAAGGAAGCAGCUGAACGCUCAUCUUGAGGCGUAUGAGAUGUUCCAACAGAAGUACAACGACAAGAUAAGCCGCAAAGAGAUAAGUCCGGCCGAGUUCCUGGAGAGGAAGAUCAGAUUCCACAUUGGCCGGAGAAUGGAGGAGGAGCAGCUGUUCGACGAGAUGGACGAGCUGACCGCUCUGGAACUGGCCAUGGUUUGGGAUCACUUCACCAGUGAAAGUCUUACACGGUUCAGGGAGAAUCAGGACAAGAUAUUCGAGACAUUGAUCAAACGAGCCAUCAUCGGCAGCAGUCAAACAGAGGUCCAGAGACAAAGAAACUUCCGGGACCAGACAAAGUUGGAGACUGAGAAGAACGGCGCUAUAAAGAUGAUCGAGAGUGCGCUCCAGCAGAGAGUGCUGGACAGCGAGGAGCGGAUCAAGAGCCAGGUAGAGGCUGACAAACUGGAACAAACUGCUCUCAAAGAACAGGAGGCAAAGAUGGUCGAACGGCUGCUGGAGAGUCAGUUAGUGAUGAACCAAGAGACCAGGGAUAAUGUUAUGAGAGAACAUCGACGUAACUUACUUGAACUUGAGGAGGGAUUGACUGUACAAAAGCUGCGCUACAAACGGAAGAAGCAAGAAAGACUUGCUGCGAAAAUAGCGAGGAGACUCGAGAAAAUGAUGGAUUCCCAAACCAGCGAACGUGAGCUGUUCAAGUCGGGGGAUGGAAGAACAGAUGACACAAUCCAGAACCUUCUGCAUCGGCAUCAGGAGGACAGGAUGGACCUGCUCAGAUCAGUUGAGUCCCUGGACCUACACGAAGCUGAGGAAAUACAUGACGAUAUUAUGGAGGAGAAGAGCACUAUCCUGACAGACCAGAAGAGAAGACUAGCCUCAAUGUUAGCUUCACUUCAAGUUCAGAAGAGCAGGGAGGUCGCCACGCUGAGGGGACAGCUCAACUCUCUCACUAAAGUCGAGCUGAACUUGAUAGACGACCUGUCUUCUCGAGGAGUGCUAAAAGACACGAAAGUGAAAGAUAUGGUAGACGCACAUCUAAAGGACAUGGAGGGUAAGAUAGGCGAGCUGAACGAGCAGAAGGACAGACAGAAAACUAUUCUGACCGGCAGACUCGAGCAGAAACUGAGGGGCAUGGAGGAAGAACUGAUAGCUAGGCACCAGCAACAAGCAGAAGCGAUAACUGACAAGGCUGACAAAUCCCCAGCCUAUAUGUACAAGAAAAUGCUCCUGUUGCAGAAACAGAAGAACGAGCGAAAGCAGCUGAGAGACACACUGAGAAUCGAAACUGAGCAGACUGUGGAGGAGUUGGAGCGCAAAUUCGAACUUGUGCGACUUAGAGAAAUCAAAGUUAAGGAGCUGAAGUUCAUAUCUCAACUGAUACAACACGCUGACUUUGACAGAGAGGAACUUGCUGACGUCUUCAAGGCUAUGUUUGUCACGAGGUCGAAGGAGGAGCUGGAUGAGGUUCUGCAGCAUGCUAAGGUCCUGAGUACUGAACAGAAGGCGGCUAGAGGACCCAUCACCCUCCUCUCCAGAGCCAAAGAAGAACUUGUCCGUCGUCAGAGCUCACAGAGGUUCCAGCUCUCAGCCAAGAGACAAGGAUUACUGAAGCCCAAGAUCCGACCUCGUCGGGCUAAGGACGCUGCUCAGUUCUUCCCUCGCUCGAUCAGGACAGUUGCCCAGGAGGCCAUGUUAACUCGACUCAGUAGUAGGGGCUCCACCCCUCAAACCCCCACUGCUAUGUAGAGACUUGUGUUGUGUAGGACUGUCAUUUACAAAUCAUACUUAAACGUACGCCUGUAUAAAUGCGCGGCAUUUCAUCGCAGUUUUCAUCGCAAUGUAAUAUGUAUGUACUACGGCUCAAAAUAUAUUCUUCAUUCUUAGGCCUGCUCCUUUUCUUGUUACGUUGAUGAUUUCUAAAUAUUUUGUAUUACUAUUACCGAGGUCUGUAAAUAAGUGAAUAUUUUACCAUUUGCUAUACCGGGAAUCAAGAAAGCAUUAUUCAUAA